AUGCCCUGCGAGGCCAUGUGGCGGCGGGGGCCCGACGCCAUCGACCGCAAUGCGACACUCCCAGGCGAUCGUGACGUGUGCAGCGGCAGCAUGGGCCGUGAGCCGGAGCUCCGGGGGAGCUGCAAGGAGCGAGAGCAGGAGCAGGAGCAAGAAGAGGGGGCGGAGGAGGAGGCGGAGGCGGAGAACUCCGACCCGAUCGCGGGCGGGCCGCCGCAGAGCCGCGGCAAUGUUGCGGGGCGGGCCGCGGAGGCGACGGCGGCGAUGAUAUCAGCCGCGCAGCACGAUAGCCGCGGCGGCGCCGCGGGCGCUCGGCCCUCCGCCCUGGAGCUCCUGGCGUCGCGGCUGGCCCGCCCGGGCGGCCCCCCGCCGCCGCUGCUAGGCGAGCUGCAGGAGGCGCUGCUCUCCGAGCUGCAGGCGGCCCUGCGGCCAGCCGCGGCGGAGGGCGGCGGCCGGCCCGCCGAGCGCGCCGCCGCGGCUGCGGCGCUGACGCCGCCGCUGCGGCUGCUGGCGGCCGCCGCGGGCAGCGCCCCGCUGGCAGCCGUGCUGCUCGCGUCGCUGCGCGCGCACGCUGGCGGGCUGGAGGGCAUGCCGCCCUGGGCGGGGGCAGCCGGCGCGGAACCGCUUGCCCCGUUGCUGGCCGCGGGCGCCGCCGCGCCGCUACUUGCCGCGCUUUCGGCGCUUUCGCAGCUGGCGCCGCCGGCGGCGGAGGCGGCGCAGCCCGUGCUGCGGGGUCGGCUUGCCGAGUCCCUGGAAGCCGCAUUGCCAGCGCUGGACGCGCCGCCCCCGCCCGCGGGCGGGGGCGGGCGCCUGCCCUGGCGCGGGGUUGCGUCCCGAAGUGCCGCAGCCUCCAGCCAGGAGGCCGCCGGCGCCGAGGCCGGCGACCCCGCCGCCGCGGCGCCCACGGCGCCCGCGGAGCCGCCGCAAGCGCCGAGCGACCUUGAGCCGCCCCCGCCCGAACGAGCCGGCGCGGGCUUCUUGGCGCUCACCGCGCAGAAGAUCCUGGACGAGGCGAGGCAGCUGGCCGAGCCAAGCCCUGGGGAGGGCGAUGGCGCCAGCGAGGAGGCCACGACGACUGGGUCGCGCGCGCCCGUGGGCGCAGCCUCGGGCGUCUCGUCCCACAGCGCCAUGUGCACUUUCGUGAAGACCGGGAACCACUUCGUCGAGCAGCACUGGUACUACUGCUACACCUGCGGCUUCUCGGGCGAGAAGGGCAUCUGCGCCGUCUGCGCGCAGUCGUGCCACGCGGGGCACGAUGUCGUCUACUCGCGCAAGAGCCGGUUCUUCUGCGACUGCGGCGCCGGCGGCACGUGCGCUGCGGCCCGCCGCUCUGUGCCCGUGCGCACCAUGCGGGACUACGCCUCAUGGGCCCGCGCCGCGCCUGCCUGUUGCGGCGGGGCCCUCGGCGCGCCCGGCGCAGCUGCCGCCGUGGAGUUGGCCCCAGCGCGCGGCACGCCGCCGCUGGGCGCGGAGGCCUGGGGCGAGGAGGCCGCCGAGGUGCUGCUGCGAUUGCUGCGGGUGCUGGUGCCGCUGCUGCAGAGGUGGCAGCCGGCCGCCGAGCUCGGCGACCUGGCGGCGCCGCAGGCGCCGGUCGGGGUCGGGGACGUCGCGCUCGAGGUCUCCCCGUGGGCCUCGUUCCCGAAGGGCUCCUUCGAGGGCCAGCAGCGCGGCGAGUGGGCGGCCCUUGUGGGCGCCCGGCAGCUCAGCCGCGCGGCGGCCAAGGUGCACGGCGCCGCGCGGCGGCCGGUGGCGUUCCUGGCGCGCAGCCAGCUGGUCGUGGCCGAGAGGGACCGUGUGCGGCUGGUGGAGCUCAAGGACGACGUCGUCCAGGGCGCGCCCGCCGCCGCGGACGCGGCCGCGGCCGGCGGCGAGGCGCCCGCGAAGCGGCGGCGCAUCUUCGACGAGGCGCCCCCCCCAGUCGAGGGCACCAGCGCGGGGACGUCGCACCAGCGGGGCGGCGGGCAGUCGCCGAGGGCCGGCGAGGUCACCAAGCUGGAGAGUUGCCGCUUUCCCACGCCGUUCGAGCCCCUCGGGGUGGCCGUGUCAGAUGCGUUCCCCGGCCUGUUCGCCAUCUCCUCGCUGGAGGAGUGCCACGUGUGCGUGCCCAGCGGCCUCGCGGGCGACGGCGCGGGCCCGCCGCCGAAGGAGCCCCGCGUCGCCGGCGUGGUGCACCGCAUGGCCCUGGACCUGAUGCUGGAGGCCCACGGCGAGGCCAUCGUGGUGCUGAAGGUCUGCUGGCUGCCGUGCUCGCAGACCGUGCUCGCCAUCGUCACGAACCAGUUCGUGAAGAUCUACGACCUCGCGGUCGACCGCAUCUGCCCCUGGCGCUACGUGCAGACGCAGCAGGCCUCCAUCGCCGACGCUGCCUUCGAGAUCCGCCCGACGUUGCCGCCGCCCGCCGACGGCGCCGGCCCAGUGGCCGCCGAGCCGCCGGUCGCCUACCGCCUGUGGGUCCUUACGUGCUCCCCGCCCGCGCUCUACCACCAGGACCUCCUCGCGGAGAUCGAGGGCCCAGGAGUCCUGCAGGGGCGCCUCCCGCUGGCGCUGCCGACGCCUCCGGGGCCGCCCAGGUCCGGCCUGUGCCUGCUCUUCGCCCAGCGCAAGCGCCUGCUGCUGGCCUCCUUCGACGACGGGCUGCUCCUCGUGGGCUCGCCGGCCGGCGCGGGCGGCCACCUCGCCAGCACGCAGGGCAGCUGCAGUCAGACUGCACGCCCAUCGCUCCUCGGCAGCCAUGGGCGCCCGCGCGCUGGAGCAGCUCACAGCCAUCAUGCAGAAGACAUCAGCGCUGCGAGCGCCCAGCUCGUGACCCAGCUCGAUGCCCGCCCAGCUGCCGUGGAGACCAGCGUCGCCACGAGGAGCCUGCACGUCGCUGCGUCGCGGGCCAGGGUCUCCGAGGUCACCCUGCAGACGGAGAGCUUCAACACCAUCGCCCAGAAGCAGCAGGCCGAGAUUCAGGCCCUCAGGGCCGACCCCCUUUUGCGAGCACCUCUUCCAGUGUUCCAGGCUCGGCUGCUGGCAGCGAGGCUGCGAGGUGCGUGCAGCGGGGGCCUACUGCCAACAAGCCUGGGCCCUGCCAGCGCGCGGUAUCACCCCCACCGCGGCGGCGAGGUCAGGGCCACAGGGGCAGUGCUGCUCACAGGAGGGCACAAAGCAGGCAGAUGCACAUCCACCAUCCUCCUGAUCCAGAGAGGCGCACAGGAGGCGGUCACCAGGGCCAUCGUUGACCAAGUCAAGCAGUUCUGGCUCACUGUCGUGGACCACCCGUCGGAGCUCAAGCGGUGCCAGAGAGGCUGGCACAUGCUGCGCGGCACGCUGAAGGCCCUGGAGCCCAACAAGAGGUGGUACCAGGUAAAGGGCCCCAUGGCAGGAGUCAUUGUGCAGCUGCUGGGGCUGGGCUGGAACCCAAGGCGGCUGGGUAGCUGGACCAGCCCAGCAGGAGCGUGGGCGCACCGACCAGAAGACAUCCCACACUUCGGAGCGCUCCUCCAGGAGGUCCAACAGAGCGCCCAUCAACAGCUGUGGCAGCAAGCGGCAGAGCACCGGCACGGCGCAGGACUGAAGGAGGGAGGCGACCUCUACCAUCUGCAAAGACACUUGAGGAGGAGGCGACGCAAAGGGCAGCAAGCUGAAGCGGCCAUGCUGGAGACCAUUGCAGUGGCAGGUAUUUGGACGCGGGAGCGGCGCAGAGAAGCGAACCUCGACCAGGAAGGCGAAGACAACUGCGCCAGGUGCGGAGAGGCCAUCGAGACGGAAAAGCACCGCUACUGCACCUGCCCUGCAAACGAGGAGAUUGGCCACAGCAACAACACAUACCUAGUCAAGAAGGCCAUAGACUCGCUCGGCCAGCAGCAGGACGAGCAUUUCUGGCUCAGAGGUAUCCCACCAGUAGCAUGGGCAGUGAAAGUGGACCCAGAAGAGGACGUCGAGAAGGCGGCGCACAUCUUCUGCACCAAUGCGGAGGCACAAGCAGCAGUCCAGGAAGGCCACAAAGUCCAAGCUGACUACGUGUUCACGGACGGCUCUGGGGGGGCAGGCGAGACUGACAAGGACCCCAGGCUACGUAGAUGUGGUUGGGCAACCGUGGCUUUCAAGUAUGACCCUUACGGCCUGCCCCAGGAGGUGGCAGCUUGGCACGGCACAAUAAGGGCGCCGCACACGGUGCCAAGAGCGGAGCUCACGGCCAGAAGCAAGGCGAUCGGCUACACGACGGCGGCUUCAGCACGUGGGCUCAACAUCGUCAGCGACUACAAGUGCGCCCUGGACGCCCUCAAGCAGAUCCAAGACUCAGAAGACCUCGAUUACAGGAGUACCAACUUCGACCUCUGGCUCAUGGCCAAGCGGCAGCUCCAGAACAGCACCGACAACAUCAUGGGCCACCACAUCCCCAGCCACAUGGUCGAGCACCCGACGGAGCUGGAAAGGUGGACAGGGCCGACGUGGCGGGUCAUAGGCAAUGCGAUGGCAGACAAGUGCGCAAGCUGGGGAGCGGAGCAUGGGGCGCUGGACCCAGCCAUAAUUGCGCAGCAGCAGAUCAGGGACCAGACCACGGUGGCAGUCCAGAACAGGCUGCUGGGCAUCAGCAUGGCGGUGAUGGUUGAUGACCCCAACAAGGCGACGCAGCGACCGGAGGGCUGGCUCUGGUGCGAGAAGUGCGGGGCCACCAGCUACCUUGGGAACCACAAGAGACGAAUCGUUGCAGGCGUUUCUCGCAAGCUGGCCAAGCCAUGUGCCCCGCCCACCACAGCGGGGCGCAAGAUCAUUAUGGACCUGCAGAAAGGGAGGCUGCCGCGAAGAGCAAAGCAGGACGAGGGCAAAACGGCAGCCGCGCCACCAGAGGAGGCCAAGACAGCGGGCUUCAACGGCUUCAACCUAAGGGUGAGCAACGCAGAGGUGAUCGACCUGGACGGAGAAAGCUCGGAAUCAGAGACACUGCAGCCAGUUCAGCCACAACCGCCAGGGCACCCCCACCCGGCAGCCCAUAUGAGCUGUCAGUUAGUGGACCACAUGGAGGGCUACGCGGAGCAGUGGAUGAACAUGGUGGACCAGGACGUGUGGGAAGACAAGGACAACUGGAUGGAGCACAGUGUCCCGCACCUGCUCGCCGUCAUCACUGGAGGCAGGACGGGCGCCCAAGACCCAAAAAGUGCAGCCACGCCAAGGGAGAUCCAGCAGACCAGCGACUUCUGCGAGGACAUCUGGAAGAGCACCCACAACGCGAGAAGGAGGCUCGUGACACACAUGCUCACCCUCCCGUGCGGCACCAGGCAGCAGGCGGCGAGGGCAGACAUGGAAGCCUUCCUGGGCAUGCGGACGACCAUCAUCACCCACAGCAUCCCCAGCAGUGUGCGCAGGCCGCUAGCCAGUACGGAGGAAGGCCGCAGGGCGUGGACACCUGAGCAACUGAACUACGACUCAACGCAACCAGACAGCGAGGUGCCAGAGCUGGAAGGCCAAGGCAGUGGCCAUGGCAAGGACACCGUAGAGGAGGUAUACCAGCUCAACGCCACCACAACCAGCGACAGGGCCAGCAAGACCUUGCAGGAGACGCCAGGGAUCGCCAAGCCGUCAGGGCCCGACCUGAUGAAGUACGUGAGGGAGGCCAAGGAGGCAGGCAUGCAGCACCCGCGACGGAGCACCAAGGACACGGAUUAUUACGACCCCCUCCAGGACGAGGAGAACAGCGAGGACAGCGCCCAGCAGCCCACAAACAAGCGGGACGGAUACAACAACCACCCGAACCCAGCAGACCUGGACAGCAACGGGCACCACAUGGCAGGACGGAGCACCAAUGACAUGGUUGACCCCCAGGACGAGGAGAAUAGCGAGGAUUGCCUCCAGCAGCGCGCUGACAAGCAGGACGGCAUUGACAUCCACCAGCUGUUCCCAGCCGAAAAGGACAGCAUCGGGGACCACCUGGCAGACCGCGCUGGCCCCCAGCGCGGCGAGGGGCUAGGCCACUAA